AUGGCUUCUACCUGUGUCCGCACCGAUACUGUCGCCAAGGUGGGUUUGGCCAAUAAUGGAGCUGUCUUUGUGAGGCGAGCCCUCUGGAAUUGCUGGUUUUGUGUGAGAGCACGAUCAACGGGUGCCCUCGGACCUGUGCACCAAACCAUUGCACAGUGGCUUCAUGAUUGGAACCGUAGGAAUCAGGAUCCUAAUGUAGAUCAUGACGGUGAAGUUAUCCGUCCACGAAAAAUAUACGGGGAUCCAUAUGGAAGGCUUGACCAAAUCUUGGCUCUGUAUGAUGCAUGCACUAGUGGUGGAGCUCCUAUUCCCUUAAACAAAAGACAUGAUGCUGUAAUGACAAUGAACCAUCCUGAUGUUGCUCCUGAGCAACCACGGUUUCAAAUGCAACAAGAUUUCAUAUUAAUGCCAAAAGGUUGUUCUGGGCCUCAGGGACCACGCUAUUGGGAUUUUGAUAAGCAUGCUAUUCUGAGUGAGGCAGUGAUUCAUGUUAUACAAGAAAUUUCCGAAAGCGGUGCACGUGCUGGCAUCCAGGGUGGUUCUGCAUCUGGAAUCUUUCUUGCUAACAAUGUUUGGACUGCACGUUACAUAAUGGAGAUGGUGGCUUCGAAGUAUGAGCUGGUGGUUUUUGACCCAAAUAUGAUUCCGGGCUAUAAUCUGGGAGAUGGAACAGACAUGAUGUUCAGCACCGAGUCCAUGAGAAAUCCAAGAGGUUAUGAGGCCGCCAAUAAAUCUGCUUAUAGGCUGAACGUGAUGGGCGCUCUUUCAGGUCCACGUGGUAGUGAGUUCAAGGUUCGUCGAUACUACGAUGCUUCAGUUAAAACUGAUGAUGAUGGCAAAGCAAAACUGCGUGGAUUUGUUGUUGAUGUCAUCAAGAUGCCUUCAUCUUAUGAGGUGGAUCCCUACACCAUCACUGCCGACGUUGCUGAAACUGCCAUUCAGUGGGACCCUACCUACCGUGAGAUGUUUGUUGCGAAAUGUCACACCGAUCCAUUCCUGCGUGCUAUAAGGUCAACUUACAAUGCGUUGAAGCAGUUUGUG